UGUUUACGUUAAAAAAUCCGUUCGGUUCAAAUAUAAUAAGUGAUGCGUCUAUUUUCGCAAAACUCGGAUUAUUUUUAUUGUUUUUAAUUGAUUUAUUCGGGGGUUUAAAAAAUAAUUUGGAGCGAUGGUGCGUCCUAUCGCACUCAAAGGAUUGUAUGAACUUGAAAAAACUAUCGGUUGUGGUGGUUUCGCGAAAGUUAAGCUUGCGACACAUGUCGCGACUGGUGAAAAAGUUGCGGUUAAGAUUAUGGAAAAAGCAGCAUUGGGAGAUGAUUUGCCACGAGUAAAACUCGAGAUCGAAGCUUUGAAAACUUUGUCCCAUCAACACAUAUGUAAAUUGUAUCAAGUAGUUGAAACUACGAGUCAUUAUUUUAUGAUUAUCGAACACUGUUCCGGUGGCGAACUUUUUGAUCACAUUGUUGAUAAGAAUAGGCUUUCCGAGUCAGAGUCACGUAAGUUUUUUCGACAAAUUGUUUCUGCAGUCGCUUAUCUUCACAGUCUUGGAUAUGCACACAGAGAUCUGAAACCAGAAAAUGUUCUGCUGGAUAGAGAUCAAAAUCUUAAACUCAUUGACUUUGGUCUGUGUGCAAAGCCCAAAGGUGGCAUGCAAGCACAUCUUUACACUUCUUGUGGUUCACCAACUUAUGCUGCUCCAGAGUUGAUAUUGGGAAAAAAAUAUUUAGGAUCAGAAGUAGAUAUAUGGAGUAUGGGAGUCCUUCUCUAUGCCCUCCUUUGUGGAUUUCUUCCGUUUGACGAUGGUAACAUAGAAAACUUGUACAAAAAAAUACUUAGUGGAAAGUACGACGAACCUAGUUGGCUGUCGAGCAGCAGCAAAAGAAUCAUUCGUGCAAUGUUACAAACUGAUCCAAAGAAGAGAAUCACGAUUGGGGAAUUGUGCACCCAUGCGUGGAUCACAUCAGGAUUUCUAAAUCCUGUUACUUUUGUAAAGAAGAUAAAUUUCGAAAGGGAUGACGAAGUAUUGAGCACUAUGGCAGCAAUAUGCGGCGAGCAAAACGAGGAUAUUUGGAGGACAUUGACAAAAAGUGCUCGAACUGAUUACAGAACAGCCACGUACUUGUUGCUGCUGGACAGAAAAAUGAAAGGCCUGUCUCUAAAAAUAUCGUCCUCGUCAAAAUCUCAUAUCCAACAAAUCUACGAAAGGGGUUUGAAUCCGGUUAUCACAGAGCUUGAUCAAUCUCCGAGAAAGAAGGCUUUGGGAAGAUCGCCGAUAAACGAAAGAACCUACAAUUUAUUGCCAACUACACCAGAAACUGCGGACAGAACUCAUGGAGACAAUUUCACGGAGCCAAACAUACCGGGACGCAAGAGACUGCGCAGUCGCGAUCCCGACGAUCCAUCUUCGCCGGUACCGACAAAAAAAGCAACGGAAAAAAACAGACAACCUGGAACUCCUACGAUUAGAGAAGGAACGCCUGCCAAAGGAUCGCAAAUUUCGACUCCUGGUAGUGCGAGAAAGGUGAUAAUGGGUCUCGAGCGCGGUUUGAACCGAGUACGAUGCGUUUUGACACCGAAACGGCGCACAAAAAACGAAGAGAACAAUAGCGAUCAGCCGAACAUGCUUUCGGGCAAGGGACUUUGCAAUGUCUCGUCAACGUCCAGCGACUGUCCGGAAUACGUUCUUUUGCAACUUCGACGUGCGCUUCAUCGCAAAGGAAUAAUUUGCCGUAGGAAGGGGUUCGUUCUUCAGGGCGAAACGGAAUCCCUCGACACGGAGAAUAUCAAAGAGUGUACGAAGCCGUUUACCUCGAGGAAAGCGUGCUCCUUCGAGCUGGAAGUUUGCCUACUCGAGGGAAUAUCAGACGUUAAACCAUUGGUUGGUAUACGUCGUAAAAGAUUGAAGGGUGAUGCAUGGGUUUACAAACGCGUGUGCGAGGAAGUUUUAGCGCUCACGGCCGAGGCGGUGCCAACAGAAAACGAGCAAGAUGCCGAAUCCAAGUGUCUCAUUUGAUUGGGGCUUAUAAAAUAACAUAAACAAUUUUCACCAGCCGGUAAUUCAUCAUUUUUUUCACUUAUUAACGUUCGCAAGACGUUUCGUGAGUGGAAGAAACGUCGCGUUUGGAACGCAGCAAUAAGGCAGCGGUAAUUGAUCAGUUGCAAAUUAAUCACAGAAAAAGAAGCAUUUUUUAGUCUUUACGUCAUGGGUCAGGGAUUUUUUUAUAUUCUUUUUGUUUUUAGCCCUAAUAUUAGUUUUGUACUUUUUUUUUUUAUAUAUUAUAUGUCGAGCCUCAAAUUAAGGGUUCCUCGCUGAAAUUGUGAUCUCUCGAGUCAAGUUAUCGUUUUUAUUGGUACGAAAAUUCGUAAAUCAUGAAAUAAUUCAUAGUUUGUGGCCGUAAUUUCUUCGUUCAGACAAUUAUUUUUGCCGUAUAAUCAUAUCAGAAUUUGAAAGCAACAUUCCAUAUCAUUGUAAAUCGUGUUUUUGGACGUAGAAAUGAAUUUUUUUUUCAUAAGAGUAUUUGGAACGUGCAUCCUGCCAGAAUAUGUGCCUCGUUGACGAAUGUCAAUGAUGUGUAUAGUAUUCAAUUGUGAGACAUGGGGAAUAGAACUCUAAAAAUAAAAUGAAAAAUGUUUCGAAGCUCUUCGAUCGAAUGCUGCGACUUAUUGUUCCAUUUGCUCCAUAAAUAAAAGGGUAGUAAAUAAAAUCGUCGUAUAUCAUGUGGAAUCUGGAGAAACAUGAGAUUCUGGUCGGUGUCGAGUACUUGGAAAAGGUUUUCGAAAUUCUUCUUGGCAACAAAGAGCCACUUUAUUGCCAAAGAAUUUGAGACUGGAGGGAAUAAAGAGAGAAAGUAAAAUGGAAAAAAUUGAGAAAAGAGGAAGGAAAAUUGAGCCCAGUUUCGCGAAUACGCGGCACGAACAAACCCCUUUUUAAGGACGUAUAUUUGUAUGGAAAAAUGUACGUUUCUCUAGUUUAUAUUAUACGAGAUAUAAAGACAUCGAGCGGCUCGUUUGAACGAGACGAGCUAUCGAAACUCAAGGGCUUCGUGAUCUUUAACUGGGGCUUCUAUUUCCAAGUCGUACACGGAGAGAUAUCGAACGGCAGCUCGAAGAGCAGGUCGAAGAGUUAUAAAAUCACCACAAAUCGAUCAGGCCAAAGUGGAGGCCGCGGUACUAGUACCAUUUUAACUUUUAUGGUCAGGCACAACGACCAGCCCUCUUUUAUCUCUUCCGCACGAUGAUCCGUGAUCUUCGCGCGAUAUUUCUCUCUUCCUCUUUCCUCCUGCCUUCUUACUGCCUCCUUUUUCUUUCACUAUAUGCCCAGUUUAGGAAUAUAUGCCAAGCUCCUCUUUGCGGAAUGCAAGGUCUUGCACACAACUAUUCUGCUCGAUUUCUCAUUUUUCAAACAUUUUUUCUUUUUUUUAUUCGUCAGUCCUUUGUACAAGGGCAAAUGACUGGCGCUAUACAAAGAGCUGAGGCUCGAUCUCGUAGAUCUUUUCAAAACUUCUAUUUAUUAUUUCAAUUUUUAAAUUUUCAAAAAUUGCUGUAUUUACAAGAACUUCGAACGAAUUCCUUCCUUGAUAUCCAGAAACCAAAAUAAAUCGAAGGCAACCAUUUUCACGAUA